GUGUGCCCGCGGCGCUCUGGUCGCGGCAGAUUGGCCCCGGCCGCCGUCCUCGCCGCAGCAGGAGGGGCGCUGAGGAGAACGAGAGGUUUUUGGAAGAGGCGCACAGAGGAGCCCCGGGCUGACCGCCGGCCCCGCCCGCAGGCUCACGCCAUGCUGCGGGCGCUUCCCCGUCUCUGAGGAGAGGCGAAGGGGUGUCAGGGGACGGCGGCGACGCGAUUGCUAAGGCUGAGCGACGAGAGGCAAACAUGGCCCAAGCACCCGCUGAUCCGAGUAGUGCGGAAACUGCUGACCCAGAGGAGAGUUCUCCAAACAUGAUAGUCUACAGAAAGAUUGAAGACAUUGUUACAAGAAUGCAAGAUGACAAAACAGGUGGAGUUCCCAUCCGCACUGUCAAGAGCUUUCUGUCCAAAAUCCCCAGCGUGGUCACUGGUUCUGAUAUUGUGCAGUGGCUUAUGAAGAACCUCAGCAUUGAGGAUGCAGGGGAAGCAAUACACUUGGGAAGUCUUAUUGCUGCACAGGGUUACGUCUUUCCCAUCUCAGACCAUGUCCUCACCCUUAAGGAUGACGGGACGUUCUAUCGUUUCCAGGCACCAUACUUUUGGCCUUCAAACUGCUGGGAACCAGAAAACACAGAUUAUGCCAUCUAUCUUUGCAAACGGACCAUGCAGAACAAAGCUAGGCUGGAGCUGGCGGAUUAUGAAGCCGAAAACUUAGCAAGACUUCAGAGAGCGUUUGCAAGAAAGUGGGAAUUCAUCUUCAUGCAAGCAGAGGCCCAAGUGAAAAUCGACAGAAAAAAGGAUAAAACAGAAAGAAAGAUUUUGGACAGCCAGGAAAGAGCAUUCUGGGAUGUGCACAGGCCUGUGCCAGGCUGUGUGAACACCACAGAAAUGGACAUUAGAAAGUGUCGCCGUAUGAAAAACCCACAAAAAGUGAAAAAGUCAGUGUAUGGGGUUACAGAGGAGUCUCAGCCCCAAAGCCCCGUACACCUGCCCUCCCAGCCGGUGCGCAAAACGACAAAAGAGGAUUUCCGGAAGCAGAUAACUUUUCUGAACAUGCAGAUAGAGAGACAUUGUUUAAAGAUGUCCAAAGUAGCAGAAAGUUUAAUAGCCUACACGGAGCAGUAUGUGGAAUAUGACCCCUUUAUAACUCCUGCUGAGCCUUCCAAUCCCUGGAUAAGUGAUGAUGCAGCACUGUGGGACAUUGAAAUGAGCAAAGAACCUAGUCAGCAGCGUGUGAAAAGAUGGGGUUUCUCCAUGGAUGAGGUGCUGAAGGACCCAGUAGGACGAGACCAGUUCCUUCGUUUCCUGGAAUCAGAGUUCAGCUCAGAAAACCUCAGGUUUUGGUUGGCUGUCCAAGAUCUCAAGAAACGACCUUUACAGGAUGUGACCACAAGAGUGGAAGAAAUCUGGCAAGAGUUUCUAGCUCCUGGGGCCCAAAGUGCUAUUAACCUGGAUUCCCACAGCUAUGAAAAAACAAGCCAAAAUGUCAAAGACCCAGGGAGAUAUACAUAUGAAGAUGCACAGGAGCACAUUUACAAGCUGAUGAAGAGUGACAGCUAUGCGCGCUUUCUGCGUUCGAACGCUUACCAGGACUUACUGCUGGCAAAGAAGAAGCCAGAGAAUGAGCAAGGUCGUAGAACUUCUCUAGAAAAGUUCACUCGCAGCGUGGGAAAGUCUCUGGCAAGCAAGCGCCUCACGGGCCUGAUGCAGUCCUCCUGACAACUCCGGCCGACUGCCCCGUGGGAGAGACAGCUGGGACCGCUGCCGGGGACGGGGCAUUUCAGGGAGAGCAAGUCCCUGCUGGGGAGACAGCCUGAGCAAGUGGAAGCAGAGAGCCACACACCAGUGGAGCACCUCUCUUCACAGUUUACACCAACACUUCCCUGUCUGCACAGCUCCUUAAGGACCCUGAGCUCUGUGCAGGUACUUUGUCUCCAGCUGAGGUUUGGAGAACACUUCACCAUACACAGGAGGUCAACAAGGCAAGGGCUUGCUGUCUUGUUAUUUAAGGAAACAGACACGACUACAGCUUGGAGAAAGAAGAGCUGAGAGAGAUCAGUGUUUUUCCAUAUCUCUUUCCUCCCUGGCACAAACGUGACUGUAAUAAGAUGGCGCCACAAUCCCACUUACUCCCUUUCAUGUGGCCGUCUGGAUCCAAUAAAAUAUCUGGAUAUUUUAGCUGGAAGCUGCUUCUCCUUCUCACAAAAUCCCAAAUGCAUUUCACCUGCAGAUUCACUGACUUUAACUUGGUUUUUCUUUCCUAUGUUUCUCCUCCUUUAAAACAAUGGAAAAAAAAAAAAAAAAGAAAGGCAUUAAGUUCAUCACUCGUUGUUCUUCCAAUAGCAUGUAGCAUGUCCAGAGAUGAUACCAGAUCCUCAGCUGAAGUGAGGAAAGCAGGAGUGGUUUUCAUCACCUGAGGAUCUUCCCCCUUGAGUCAGACUGAUCCUGGUGCAAAUUCUCUGACGUCGGCGGAAUCGUUCUGCAUGUGCGCGUAGUGCAAAUGUGAUCAGACUCUGCUCAAAAAGUCAUGUUUGAGAUGUGCAAUGCACACACAAGCACACACACACUCACACACACAGUAUUUAAAAUGAGUUGGUUUAUAUUUUAUUUAAUUUUCUAUUUAUUUAAGAUUUUGCAUACCUAAUCAAUGAUGGAUGUUCAAACUUUUCUCUGAGCAAACCAAACAGGACUCCAGCUCUCCAGUCCGAGAGGGCCAAAAUCCAUUCACUUGUGUCCAGGGAAAGGCAACUCUGAUGUGGGCAGUG